CUCCCACCGCCAGACCGCCUCCCGUUCCCUCAUCUCUCUUCCCUAUCCAAUCCCCCGCCCCCCGCCGCCUCCCGGUCUCCCGCCGCCGGCCCGCCCCCGUCGCCCGCCGCCGGCCCCCACCUCCCGCCGUCGCCGUCGUCCGCCUCCCGGCCGCCUCCGCCCCCCCUCCCGGCCGUCGCCGUCGGCCACCUCCCGCCCGUCGCCGUCCUCCGCCUGCCUGCGGGCCCUCCCCCGAGGGCAAGGGUGGGAAACGAGGAGCCGCUCCCGGAGCCCCGUCAAACGGGGCCUUAUACUGGGCUCGUCUCGCCGUCGCUGCUGCCCAGGCGACAGCUCCGUGGAAGGAAGUUUGCAGGCAAUUGAGGGAGACGGCUUCAGCUAUGCUGGACGAGCCGCCGCCGCCCGACGCGGCGGGUGAGGAUGAGAGCACUUGCCGCGGUAUUUUCGUGGAGUUCAUGACCAAGGUGGCUCGGUUCGAGGAGCUAGCUGAAUCUGGCAAUCGAUUGCUUGUGAGAUUCCAUCAGGAGCUUGAGUACUUUCGGAGGCCGCAGAUUCCUACCGAAUCAGAUGUCAUGAAACAGAUACUUAAAUCUAACUGCACUCACAGAAUGAAGUCCUAUCUUGAAGCUGGUUGCAGGCUUCACAGCCAAAAUAUCUCAAACAUAAAUCAGUUACGUUCAUGUGAAGAUGGACUUAAAGAUCAUAUCAACAAAGUUAAGGCUUUGCUUGAAGAGCUUGAAUGUCUAGUCGAGGAUGUCUAUGGCAUCACACUUACAGCCAGUUUAAGUGCUCUGGAAGUUUCAGACUGUCAUAGCAUUGAUAACAAGCUGACUACCGAAUCUUGCAUCAUAGAGAUGGAGCAGGGUGUUUCUACACCACAGGAGGAGGAUAAAAACACAGAUCAAUUGGACAGCGAUGUAUCGUUUGUUACAGUGAUGGUCAUUGUUCGCAACAUGUUGAAGCUUGACUACACGAUGCAGGAAAAGAUUGUCAAUGCAUUAUCCCUUAAAACACCGUCAUCAGAGCUCCAGGGAUACUGCCUCAUGUGGGAUUUGCGGCCAUUCAUCGAAGACAAUGUGAUGCAUCUUGCAUGGAAAAUGUGCCCAUGAAGCUUUGGCAUCCGCAGUUUUUUCAAGGGCAGGGGGAUGGGACAUGCAGCAAGUUAUCUUUGCAAAGACUUCAGCAACUGUGCAUUGAGGCUUGGGAGUUGUUCCCCAACUGCUGAGAUGGAUGCCUCCACAACCUGUUCAUGUGUUGCCAGAAGAUUGAUUUCAACAGGAUGUAUGUAUGAUUGUAGAUGGAUAGCAACUUGUGUGCUCUUGAUUGUGUUAUUUGUUCGACUGACUGACUGAGUGCCUGUUCUCAUUAUUGGAGUGUUCUGAUAACUGAAUGAAUCUCUUUGCGUUUUUGCAGAGAGAGACCCCCAAACUGUUUUUGUCUG